UUCAUUUCCAAACAAAAAUCAGCCAAAAAACUCUUAGAGAAGAUGGAGAGCACAUUGCAGUCAAUGAAUAAGGUGUUGGAAGAUGCAGAAGAAAAGCAAUUUAUGGAUCCCUAUGUGAAAGGGUGAAUUGAUAAGCUGAAAGAUGUUGCCUAUGAUGCAGAAGACAUAUUGGAUGAGAUUGCUACUGAAGCCCUCCAACGCCAGUUGCAUGCCGAAUUCAAACCUGUUGCAGGAAAGGUACGAAACUUCAUCUCUAGUACUUUCCUUGAUCCUUUUGUCCAUCGCCUAGAGCCAAAGAUUCAAGAGGUACUUGAUACACUACAAGAUCUAAAAACACAAAAGGAUUUUAUGGGUCUACAAGUAGGUGUCAAAGGAAAACAAUAUCCAGAAAGGUUGACCACUUCUUAUGUCAGAGAGUCCGACACUUUUGGUAGGGAUGAGGAUAAGAAAAAAGUAAUUGACUUGUUGCUCUCGUCUGAUGCAAGUGGCAAUGAAAUGUGCGUGAUUGCCAUCGUUGGCAUGGGGGGAAUCGGCAAGACUACCCUUGCUCAACAGGCAUACAAUGACAGUCGGGUGGAACAACAUUUCAACCUUAAAAUAUGGUUUUGUGUUUCAGAAGAAUUUGUUAUGCCCAUGGUAGAGAAAUCUAUUAUAGAGGCAGCAACUUCGUCACCUUGUCCUAAAUUUGAGAAUCCAGAGCAGUUUCGAGUUAUACUAAAGAAGAAUUUGACAGGGAAGAAAUUUCUACUUGUUUUGGAUGAUGUUUGGAGGGCGAAACCCGAUCAUCGGGAGUUCCUUGGCCAACUCUUGGAAUAUGGGGCUCGAGGAAGUAAGAUCCUUGUCACCACAAGGAAUAAAAGCGUUGCAUCGGCCAUGCACGCUAUUCCACAUCAUCUAGAGCUAUUACCAAAGGAUGAUUGUUGGUCACUUUUUGAAAAGCAUGCAUUUCGUAAUGGUAGCUCUAAUGCAGAUCCAAAGAUAAAAGAAAUAGGUACAAAAAUUAUGGAAAAGUGCAAAGGUCUACCUUUAGCAGUCAAAGCCAUUGGUGAUCUCUUGUGGUCUGAAUCAAAUGUCGAGAGAUGGACGAAUAUAUUGAAGAGCAAUUUAUGGGAUCUUCCCAUGGAGGGGACAUACAUUCUUCCGGCUUUGAGGUUAAGUUAUAAUUAUCUUCCCUCAUAUUUAAAAAGAUGCUUUGCUUAUUGUUCAAUAUUCCCAAAAGAUCAUAUUUUUGAGAAAGAUCAAUUAGUUUUAUUAUGGAUGGCGGAAGGUUUCUUGCAACCAAUAGAAACUAUGGAACAAGUUGGUAAUUGUUACUUCGAUGAUCUUGUAUCAAGAUCAUUAUUUCAACAAUCACUUGAAACUAACUCAGGUUUUGUAAUGCAUGAUCUUGUCAACGACUUGGCAAAAUCCGUGUCUGGGCAAUUUGGCACUGAUAGUUUAAAAAAAAUUGUGAAGAUGACUCGCUAUGUACAUUUAUGUGAAAGUUGGGGUACAUUCCAGGAUAUUAAAGAGGAUCUUUUAAAGGCCAAACAAUUGCGCACUUUCCUUACAUUGAGAUUUUCAAGCGUACGUUUUUGGGAAAACAAAAUGCCUAGGACAAUAUUGUGCUUAAGAGUUCUCUCCCUAGGCAGAAUAGAGUAUUCGGUUAAUAAGUUGCCUGAUUCAAUUGGCGAGAUGAAAUAUCUACGUUAUUUGGAUGUUUCUGGUCCACAACUUUACAGAUUGCCCGAUUCCAUAUGUAAUUUAUGCAAUUUGCAAACUCUAAAGUUAUCAAGUUGUUUGAUGUUGGAUAGAUUGCCAAGAGAUAUGUGGAAACUCAUUAAUUUACGUCAUCUUGAAAUUGAUCAAACUUACCAUUUAAAGGAGAUGCCGAUAAAAAUGGGUAGAUUAAAUUGUCUCCAGACGUUGACAAAAUUCAUUGUCAGCAAACAUGACAGUGGGAGUGGGUCUAGCAUUGGAGAAUUGGGAAAACUAAUAAAUCUUCGAGGAAAGCUUUUAAUUGAAAAGAUCCAAAAUGUUAGAUCAGUCGAGGAUGCUUUCGAUGCAAGCUUGAAGGAUAAGGCUUACCUUGAGAAGUUGGUGUUAGAAUGGAGUCCUCUAGAAGAAGUACUUGGUAUUUCGGAAAGUCAAAGAGGUGUACUUGAAAAUCUGCAACCCCAUGAAAAGUUGAAAAGUCUCACCAUUGUCUACUACGGCGGGAAGGGUUUUCCAGAUUGGAUAGGAGGGCUUACUUCAUUGUCUGAGUUGAAAUUAUUUGAUUGCAAAUAUUGUAGUGCCUUGCCACCCCUUGGGCACCUACCUUUUCUUAAUCAACUCGAGAUUAAGGGGCUGCAUGGAGUUGUUAAUGUGGGUCCAGAGUUUUAUGGAAAUUGUAGUAAUUCUUCAAUGAAGCCAUUUGGAAGUUUGAAAUUUCUGAGGUUGAAGAAUUUGUCGAAUUGGGAAAAUUGGUUUUAUUUCGGUGUCCAAAACGAAGUUGAAACUUUUUCUCAACUCGAAGAGUUGUAUAUUGAGAACUGCCCCAAGCUGAGAGGAAUGUUGCCUGUAUAUCUUCCUUUGUUAGACAAACUUGAGAUUUUGGAUUGUCAACAUCUCAAGGCUUCGCUCUCCAUAGACUCUUUCCCAGUACUUACCAGAAUGAAAAUAAUUAGGAGUGAUAAUUUGGAAUUUCUUGCACUUGCAAAACAACAUAAACAUGAUGGUUUACUCUCAAAAUUGAAAAUACUUCUGAUUGAUGAUUGUAAGAAGUGUGAGCUUCCCAUGCACCAACAAUUUUCAUCCCUUGAAGUAUUGUUCUUGAAGGAUUGUUGUGAUUCUCUGACAUCCUUUCCAUUAGACCUAUUCCCAAAUCUGAAGUGUAUUCGAAUCGAUGGGUGCAGGAAUUUGCAAUCUCUAGAACAACGUGGAGGUGAUUUAGUGAUAUCAGAAAUAGGAAUAUGGAGAUGUUUUAAUUUUGUAUCUUUUCCAAAAGGAGGAUUGCGUGCCCCUAACCUUGUAAUGUUUACUCUCAAAAAUUGUGAGAGCUUGAGGUCAAUGCCCUGUAAGAUGCACCUAUUUCUUCCAUCUCUUCGUUAUUUGGAGUUAGUAAAUUGUCCAGAAGUUGAGUCAUUUCCAGAAGAGGAAUUCCCAUCCAAUCUGAAGAAAAUUAUAAUAUUGACCUGUAAGAAACUCAUUGCAAACCUGUGGAAGGAAAUACUCCCCCGUAUUGAAUGGUUGGAAAUUGGCGGCGACGAAUCAGAAGAUCAUGUGGAGUCCUUUCCUGGAGAGUUGUUGCUACCCACCACUCUGACCUAUCUUCAUAUCAAAUCAUUUGGAAAUUUGAAAUCAUUGGACAAGGAGGGGUUUCAACACCUAACCUCCCUUGUAGAAUUGCAGAUCUAUGGCUGUCCAUUCCUCAUGUACAUGCCGGAAGAGGGCUUACCUGCCUCCCUUCGUUUUUUAAGCAUAAAGAACUGUCCUGUGUUGAAGAAAAAGUUGAGAAGCAAAAAAGGAAAAGAAUGGCUUAAGGUGACUCGCGUCCCCAACAUAGUGAUUGAUGACAGACUCAUUCAAGGAUAUAGAUGGCAAGAUUGGACAUUUCGGUAUGAAUAUGAUCAUGAUUUAAAGUUCGAACAACUAACAAACUGUUCUCGAUCGGUAAAGUUGAUUUAAUCCCUGAGAAGUGAGAAGUGAAGAUAUUUGCUUAAAUCUUGUGUGCGCGAGCGCUAGAAGCAACCUCCUACGUACGUACCUAAUUGGCACACACAUUAUUGCCUUCCAUUUCUAUAUGCAUUUCCAGAUCCGUGAAGGUAAUGGUUUGGCAGAUGGUUAAUUUGGGAGCUGUGGAUGUGAGACCACCUUUGUGGACGUGGCAUGGCUAGUUGUGGACGUGUGAUUAGAAAUUAUGAUGCUAAGUUUGUUUAUGGUUAAUUUUCUUGUCAUAUAUAUAUAUGGUUCAUGGGACAAACAUUUUUGCUCAACA